AUGAGGUUCUCAAAGAGCGCGUUGGCCAGCUUGCUCCUGACCGUGGCCAUCAGCAAUGCUCAGCAACUUCAGAACCAAACCGAAAACGCCACCGGUGGUGCCAUCGAGGCAGGCGGCAACCGAGCCGCACCCGGCACCGAGGUUGGGGCUGGAAACGGUGCCCAGCUUGGAAACCCCGGGAAUGAGGGAAACAACGAGGCACGCCCGGAACGAGGCAACGGCCGGGGCGAGGGCCAGGGUAACGGACGGGCCGGCGAGCAGGACGAGAGGGAGCAAGGCAACGGCCGUCAGCAGGGCAACGGAGAGCGCCAACAAGAAGACCGUAACAGCGCCGAAAGUAACGGUCGAGCCAACGCUGGCAACAGGGAUGCCGAGGCAGAGCGUCCAGCUGGAGAGGACCGAGAACAAGGACAGGGUAAAGGUAAAGGACAGGGUAAAGGUAAAGGACAAGGUAACAGAAACGGCGCUGGUGCUGGUGCUGGCGCUGCUGUCGGAGCCGGAGCCGGAGCUGCCCCUGGAGCCGGCGCUGACCAGCAGCUGCAGCCGCUUCCUGGGCAAGCUCCCGGUGGUGCCGGAGGGCUUCAAGAGCUUCCUGGCGCGAACAACAACGCUGCCGCCCCAGCUGGCCAACUCCAGGAGCUCCCAUCUCUUCCUCCGGCCUUCACCCCGAUCUCAGAGCGAACAGGCACCACCACACAGGUUGGCAUUUUCACCAGCCCUCCUGCGGCUAGUGUCCCUGCUGCCGGCGGUGCCAUCGCCACCCCAGGAGCUCUGCAACCCAUCCCUGGGCAGAACAACGCCGGGCCUGUUGUCGCCCCCGGACAAACCACCACUGGAGUUGUUGUGAUUACACCCACCUCUGCGGCCGCAGUCGUCUCCCCAUCUGCUCCUCCCGCCGCUCCAUCGGUGCCUCCCGCGGUCCCGUCUGCGCCCCCCGCCGCUGCCCUCCCCGUAGGCGGUGGUGUCCAGAUUAUCUCGCAGAUUAACGGUGGUGUGCCAUCGGUUAGCGCCUCGAGCGCUCUUGUUUCGGGUGCCGAGACGACAGCGAUCCCGUCUGUCGCGGCUCCUGGCGCUGGUCAGUCUUCUGCUGCCCCUCCCAUAGUCGGUGGCAUCCAGAGCUUUUCGCAGAUCGGCGGUGCUGUCCCUGUCUCUGGAGCCUCAUCGGCUGCAACGGCGGUGACUUCAUCGGUCGCACUUCCUGCUGUCUCUGGAGCUUCCGGGCUUCCUGUUCUUUCCUCUGCUGCACUGCCCGAAGCAUCAUCCGCCAUAGCAUCUAGCGCCGUCCUUGUGUCAUCUCUGAGCGUCCCACCAGUAGCAGCCCCUGCAGCGACCAUCCCUGUGCUUUCCGCCGCGCCCGUAGCCUCUGCCAACCCUGUUCUCUCAGGCUUUCCCGCUGUUCCCACGGGCACCGACCCAGCCGCGCCAUUCCCUAUUACUAACUCGACUGAAGGCACUACCGGCGUCGCAGACCCCGUGGCCUCGGCUGCUCCUGAAGCCCUCCAGCCUCUCCCUGGCGCCGAUCUGACCAAUACCACAGCCCCCGGUGCGCUUGAGCCCCUUCCAGGUGCCAUCAACUCUACUACGCCCGAGGAAGCCGCUGCCGGUAACGGUACCACCUUGACUCCUCUGCCCGGCGCUACCAACUCGACCGAUGGCGAUGCUGCCAACCUUGCCCCUCUGCCUGGUGCCACCAACUCUACUGAGGGCAUCGCCGCCGGUAACGGCACAGAGCUGACCCCUCUUCCGGGUGCUACCAACUCUACCGAGGGUAACGCCCCGGUCGGUAACGGCACCACUCUGGCCCCUCUGCCUGGCGCCACCAACUCCACCAACGGCGGCAACGCCAACCUUGCUCCUCUGCCCGGCACUACCAACUCCACUACUGGUGGCGCUCUUCAGCCCCUUCCUGGCAGCACCAACUCUACUAGGGGUGGAAAUGGUGAAAACAGCGGGAACGGUGAAACCAGCGGGAACGGUGAAACCAGCGGGAACGGUGAAACCAGCGGGAACGGUGAAACCAGCGGGAACGGUGGAAAUGGCGAGAACAGUGGAAACGGCGGGAGCGGUGGAAAUGGCGAGAACGGUGGAAACGCCAACCUCGCCCCUCUGCCCGGUGCUACCAACUCGGCGACGGGCGGCGGAGACUCCAACCUGCAGCCUCUGCCUAGCCAAACCGGCGCACGCACAGCCAGCGGCAGCCUGACCCUCGCUCCCCGCCCGACCGGCACUGGUGCGGCCGGUCUCCCCAGCGGCGUUGCCGGUGUUGGUGGCACCGCGACGGCCGUGUCGUUCCGGUCGACCAUCAUCGCUGCCAACGGCGUCACUUCGGUGCUCACUGUGCCCAACGCGGCUCAAACCGUCGCCUUCCCCGGCGGGGUGGUGGAAGGCCAGGGCCCAGACAACGCUGCUGGAUCCUUGGCGGUUUCCAAGGUUCUUGCGGCGAGCAUAGCCGGACUUGUUGGUGCUUACCUCAUGAUGUAGAGCAAAAAUGCGCUUUUUAUUUUAUUCUAUUUCGAGGCUUGGGUAAUUGGAGAUUUUGUGAUUUGUGUACUUGAGACAAAAGACAAACACAGAAUAGAAAAAGCCCAGGUGGUUUUCUUGGAUUAUUAUUCUCUCCUCAUUUCUUUGAAUGAGCCAGUGGUCAAUGUAUACACAUUACUUUUUAUGUUUAUUUCUUAUUUUUUUUUUCUUUUGUCAAGAUACGUCUAGCGAAUUCGG